AUGGUUGAUAAGAGCGAAGUUUCAGCUACUCAGGAUGUAGAGACACAUCAUGACAGUAAACAAAAGAAAAAACGAAACAAAUUAAUAGAUUUGACACUUAAGGAACUUCCCCAAAGUGCUUCGAGUGAUGUCAAGUUCGAAUAUAUAUGUCAGAAAUACUAUGAACUUUAUCAAGAUCAGAAAGAAAACUCUUCAAAAAACAAACAAUUUGAACAGAGUAUUCAACAGACAAUCGUGACAUUCUUAUUGAAUUCUACGCUUGGUAAACCUAUUGGAUCUAUAUCGUCCAUAUUGGAAUUACUAAUCUUUUAUAAUUGUGGAUUAUCUAGACCAAACUCAACUGAACACGCAAUAGCCUGA